AAGUGUCGACCUGGCAUGUUCUGUGUCACCACAGCCUCCAACUCCUGUGCCCGCUGCUCCCUUCACUCUGUCUGUUCAGCAGGGAUGGUGGUCAAGUUCCCAGGCACAGCAGAGAGGGACACUGUCUGUGAGCCACGCUCCCCAGAGACCAGCCCUGACUGCACCAGCCCGGAGGACUGCAAGGCGCCCACCAGCAGCACCACCCCCAAGGCCAAGCCCACCCCGGUGUCCCCAGCAACUGCCCACACCAGGACCACACUUCUUAGAGGAGACACUCUGCUUGCCCUGGAAGAUGCCUCUAACCUGACGAGGGUUCUCAACUCUCACUCCUCCAUGGGGAAGCUGGCUCCAGACCCAGGGCUGUCCCCGACACAGCCGUGCCCACGGGAGUCUGCCAACUGCAGGAAGCAGUGUGAGCCCAACUACUACCUGGAUGGAGACGGCCGCUGCAAGGCCUGUGUGAGCUGUUCGCGAGACGACCUGGUGGAGAAGACACCAUGCUCAUGGAACUCCUCCCGUGUCUGCGAGUGUCGACCUGGCAUGUUCUGUGCCAUGUCGGUCACCAACUCCUGUGCCCGCUGCGUCACCCGCCCCCUCUGUGCACCAGAGGUGGUCGUCAAAGCCCAGGGUAUGGCUGAGAGGGACACUACAUCCCCGCCUCCUCCCAGGACCCACCCUGAUUGCAGCAGCACCCCAGGGAACAACGAGGCACCUGUCAGCACCCGCUCCACCCUGGGCUCCCCGAUCGACUCUCAGACCAGUAAGAUGCUGCCCAUCUCUACGAGUGCUCCCAUCCCUCUCUCCUCCCCAGGAAAGCCCAUUCUGGAUGCAGGACCUGUGCUCUUCUGGGUGCUCCUGGUGCUGCUGGUGGUGGUGGGCUUCACCUUCUUCCUCCUGUGCCGCUGGAGGGCCUGCAGGAAGCGGAUUCAGCAGAAGCUCCACCUGUGCUACCCAGUCCAGACCUUCCGGCCCAAGCUGGAGCCCACGGAUUCCAGACCCAGGAGGAACUCAACACAGCCAAGGAGGAUCAUAUCAGUGGCAGAGCCGGGCAUGGACGAGCUGGGGUUACUGAGUCCCCUGGCUGUGGAGACCUGCCCUCACCUGGGGGCUACCUGCCCAGAGAGUCUGCCGCUGCUGGAUGCAAGCCCGGCUGGGGCUCCUGCAUCCCCCAGGGACCUCCCUGAGCCACGGGUGUCCACAGAGCACACCAAUAACAGGAUCGAGAAAAUCUACAUCAUGAAGGCUGACACAGUGAUUGUGGGGACUGUGAAGACUGAGGUGCCUGAAGGCCGGGGCCUGAUGGGGCCAGUGGGGCCUGAGUUUGAGGAAGAGCUGGAGGUGGACCAUGCCCCCCACUAUCCGGAGCAGGAGACAGAACCGCCUCUGGGCAGCUGCGGGGACAUCAUGUUCUCUGUGGAGGAGGAGGGGAAGGAGGACUCCUCAUUCACGACUGCCUCUGAGAAGUGA